GUAACCAGCAAGGUCAAACUGGCGCCCAAGGUCAAAUGGGUCAAGGUCAGAUGGGGAAUAUGGGUGGAAUGAUGGGAAAUCCUAUGGGUAUGAUGGGAAUGAUGAAUCCAAUGAUGGCAAAUCAGAUGGCUAUGAUGGGUAUGGGUAACUAUGGUUACGGGAACAUGAUGGGAAUGGGAGGAAACAAUCAGAUGCAAGGUCAGAUGGGUAAUCAGAUGCAAGGUCAAAUGCAGCAAGGUCAGAUGGGAGGUCAAGGUCAAGGAAGUGGCCAAAUGGGCCAGAUGAAAGGCCCAAGGGGAGGUAAAGGAAACUGGUAA